UUACUGUCACAUUGAAAGAUGAAGAGGAGGAGAUAGGAGAUCUGAUUAACACCAGAGAGAGACCAGACUCUUGCUAUGACAGCAGGAAGAGUCCUUCAAGGGAACCAGACCCAGAGACACCCAAACCAGCGAGACAACACCACUGCUCCCACUGUGAAAAGAGUUAUUGCUGGUUAGGGAACCUAAAACGCCAUGAGAGGACACACACAGGAGAAAAGCCAUACCACUGCUUCCAAUGUGAAAAGAGAUUUUCCGGAUCAGGGGACUUAAAAGCUCAUGAGAGGACACACGCAGGAGAAAAGCCUUUCCAAUGUUCCCAGUGUGGAAAGAGUUUUAUUCAGUUAGGAAGCCUGAAGGAGCAUGAGUGGACGCACACAGGAGAAAAGCCUUAUCACUGUUCCCAGUGUGGAAAGAGUUUUACUGUGUUAAAUAACCUGAAAAGGCAUGAGAGAAUACACACAGGAGAAAAGCCAUUCCAAUGUUCCCAUUGUGGAAAGCGUUUUACUCAGAGGGGGCACCUACAAGAGCAUGAGAGAAUACACACAGGAGAAAAGCCUCACCACUGCUCCCAGUGUAAAAAUAGGUUUUCACGAGUAGGGGACCUAAAAGCUCAUGAAAGUACACACACAGGAUUAAAGCCUUACCACUGCUUCCAAUGUGAAAAGAGAUUUUCCCGAUCAGGGGACCUAAAAGCUCAUGAUAGGACACACACAGGAGAAAAGCCUUUUCAAUGCUCCCAGUGUAAAAAGAGUUUUACUGUGUUAGCUAAUCUGAAAAGGCAUGAGAGAAUACACACAGGAGAAAAUCGUUAUCACUGUUCCCACUGUGGAAUGAGUUUUAUUCAGUUAGCGAGCCUGAAGGCGCAUGAGUGGACACACACAGAAGAAAAGCCUUUCCAGUGUUCCCAGUGUAGAAAGAUUUUUACCCUGUUAGCUAACCUGAAAAGGCAUGAGAGAAUACACACAGGAGAAAAGCCUUACCACUGCUUCCAAUGUGAAAAGAGAUUUUCCCGAUCAGGGGACCUAAAAGCUCAUGAGUGGACACACACAGGAGAAGAACCUUUCCAUUGUUCCCAGUGUAGAAAGCGUUUUACUGUGUUAGCUAACCUGAAAAGGCAUGAGCGAAUACACACAGGAGAAAAGCCUCAUCACUGUUCCCACUGUGGAAUGGGUUUUAUUCAGUCAAGGAGCCUGAAGGAGCAUGAGUGGACACACACAGGAGAAAAGCCUUUCCAAUGUUCCCAGUGUGGAAAGAGUUUUAUCGUGUUAAGUAACCUAAAAAGGCAUGAGAGAAUACACACAGGAGAAAAGCCAUUCCAAUGUUCCCAUUGUGGAAACAGUUUUACUCAGAGAGGGCACCUAAAAGAGCAUGAGAGAAUACACACAGGAGAAAAGCCUUACCACUGCUCCCAGUGUAAAAAUAGAUUUUCCCGAGUAGGGGACCUAAAAGCUCAUGAGAGGACACACACAGGAGAAAAGCCUUUCCAAUGUUCCCAGUGUAGAAAGAGUUUUACUGUGUUAGCUACCCUGAAAAGGCAUGAGAGAAAACACACUGAAGAAAAGCCGAGCACUGACGGCGUGGAUGGCGAUUAAGGCAGCCCCCUGCACCUCUCUGAUUGGGUUAAAUGCGCAAGACACAUUUCAGUUGAAUGCAUUCAGUUGUACAACUGACAAGGUAUCCUCCUUUCCCAUUCCCUAUUAUAGAGCUCUGCUCAGCCUGUAAACAUGAAAGCAAGGUUAUAUUUAAUGUUCUACAUUAUUAUUAUUAUUAUUAUUAUUAUUAGGGCAGCCACCAAGUUAUGAAAAUUAUGGUAUGUUCUGAGACCUGACUUCAGGUUUUUGAGUAAUCUAGCCUCGCAGGAAGAACAUUUUUUAUUUUAUGGAGGUUUAAUUCAGUUCUCUUUUUCGUAUUUAACUAAAUACUCUGUCUUUGGUAGGAGAGGGAUCAGACUUAUCACUGUUCCCACUGUGGAAUGAGUUUUAUUCAGUUGGGAAGCCUGAAUGAGCAUGAGUCGACACACAGGAGAAAAGUAUUUCCAAUGUUCCCAGUGUGGAAAGAGUUUUACCUGGUUAAGGAGCCUGAAGGAGCAUAAGAGGACACACACGAUAAAAGUCCAACCACUGCUCUCUCUGUGUGGAAGGACAUUUUCCCAUUCAGAGAACCUGAAAUCACGAGGGAAUAGAAAGGCUUUAUUCUGACUUAUAUUUUUGACAGAGAAUUUGUGUUUUUGUUUUGUGCCACAUGAAAUCAUAUUGUUUAUGAUUAUACCUGUCUAUAUAAGGUCCCACAGUUGGCAAUGCAUGUUAGAGCAAAUUCCAAGCCAUAAGGUUGAAGAAAUUGUCCGUACAGCUCAGAGACAGGAUUGUGUCGAGGCACAGAUCUAUGGAAGGGUACCUUAAAAUGGCUGCAAAUUUGAAGGUCCCCAAAAACACAGUGGCCGCCAUCAUUCUUAAAUGGAAGAAGUUUGGAACCACCAAGACUCUUCCUAGAGCUGGCCGCAUGGCCAAACUGAGCAAUUGGGGGAGAAGGAC